UUCAAAGUACAUAUUAACAUAUGAGGAGCUUCAAGCUGGGUUUUGUUUGGAAUCGUGGAGUGAGAAGUUUCUCUGUGCUGCUUAGGGACUAACAAUGGACACCCAGAAAGAUGUUCAACCACCAAAGCAGCAGCCAAUGAUAUAUAUCUGUGGAGAAUGUCACACAGAAAAUGAAAUAAAAUCCAGGGAUCCGAUCAGAUGCAGAGAGUGUGGAUACAGAAUAAUGUACAAGAAAAGGACUAUAAGAUUGGUGGUUUUUGAUGCCAGAUGAAACCUGUGAAUUCAG